AUGGAAUCGGCGACUGCUUUUCGGCCAUCUUUGACCAUGCCGACUACAGCUAAUAUUCGAUCAGUUUGCAUGAAUGGACCCCACGCGUUGCGUUUUGGAUCCUUGCCGCAGGUUGCUCCCGCUUCUCUUAAGUUCCAUGCAUUUACUUCUCAUGUGAAGUUGAGACAUAGCAGAGUAAAUCUGAAGAGCAGGAGUCGGUCUAGAAUCAGAGCUGCGAUGGACUUUUCUUCUGAUUCAGGGGAUUCAACUACUCGAAUUGCGCCACUGCAGUUGGAGUCUCCUAUUGGACAGUUUCUUUCUGAAAUAUUGGUUAGCCACCCACAUCUUGUCCCUGCAGCCGUGGAACAGCAGCUCGAACAGCUUCAAACUGAUAGGGAUGCCGAGAACAAUAAAGAAGAAGCACCUGCUUCUGAUGGCACCGAUCUUGUGUUGUACAGGAGAAUUGCAGAAGUCAAGGCCAAUGACAGGAGAAAGGCAUUAGAAGAGAUUCUAUAUGCUUUGAUUGUACAGAAGUUUAUGGAUGCCAGUGUCUCCUUGGUUCCUUCUAUAGCACCAUCAUCAGACUCUUCAGGGCAAGUCGAUAAAUGGCCCAGCCAUGAUGAUAAACUACUUGAAAAGCUUCAUUCUCCUGAAGCCUAUGAGAUGAUCCAAAACCACCUAGCCCUCGUUCUGGGAAACAGAACUGCUGAUCCGUCUGCAGUAGCUCAAAUUAGUAAACUUAGGGUUGGCCAACUUUAUGCAGCUUCAGUUAUGUAUGGGUAUUUUCUAAAGCGCGUCGACCAGAGGUUUCAGCUGGAAAAGACAAUGAGAAUCCUUCCAGAGGGAUCAGAUGACAAAGUUUCAAGCAUGCAGAACAGCAGGGGACAGAAAGAUGGACCUGUCAAUGAGAGUGGCGAUAGUGCACCAACUCACCCUGAGGUGUCAUCAUGGGCUGGUGGUGAUGGUGUCAGCCCAGGAGGUUUUGGGUAUGGGAUGAAGCCGUCACGGUUAAGAUCUUAUGUGAUGUCGUUCGAUGGGGAGACACUUCAGAGAUAUGCAACCAUCAGGUCUAAGGAGGCUGUUAGCAUAAUUGAAAAGCACACUGAAGCAUUAUUCGGCCGACCUGAGAUUGUUAUCACACCCCAGGGAACCAUUGAUUCCUCCAAGGAUGAACUCAUUAAAAUUAGUUUUGGUGGGCUGAAGAGACUUGUUCUGGAAGCAGUGACUUUUGGUUCCUUCCUCUGGGAUGUGGAGAGCUAUGUGGACUCGAGAUACCAUUUCGUCGCAAACUAA